GCCGCCACAGCCCUCACAACGAGAUUCGGCUCAACUUCUCGGCACACAAUCGUCUCUUCCGUCUUGUGAUGAGAGCCGAUAACUCGCUCUUCACGUCGGAUGUGGUCUUCGAGUCCACCACUAAAGGAGUCUUCAAUUACGACACCAAUAAUGCCAUUAAAGGAUAUUUAGAGGAAUACGAGACAUUA